AUGAAUGCACCAGAUCGCUAUGAGUCCUUUGUCCUCGCGAGCGGUGAGAACAAGGUCGAAAUGGAAAUUGACACCCGAAUCCCAUCAUCUGCCAUCUUCACAUUUAACAAAGAAGACCACACGCUCGGAAACUUGAUUCGUUCCCGUCUGCUGCAAAGCUCUCAUGUCCUCUUCGCUGCAUACAAGGUUCCUCAUCCGCUGGUACCUAAAUUUAUCCUUCGUGUGCAAACGGAUGGAGAUAUAUCUCCAAAGCAAGCUGUCAUUACCGCAUGCAACGAGCUAGUGCGUGAUCUAGGCAUCUUGUCCCGGGAGUUCACUAAGGAAUACGAAUUGCGUAAAAUGGUUGGAACCACACAGCAGCAACAAAAUGGUGUUUCAGAUGCAAUUUAA